AUGGCGGCGACCGGAGAGCCAGGACCCGGCCAAGCCGACUUGUCCCACACCAACGCGGCCCCGCGGGAAGGAUACGUGAAUACAUGUGUCUUCUGCAAGAUAGUGAACAAAGAGAUAGAUACCGAGCUUCUUCAUUGUGAUGAGGAGACCUCUUGCUUCAGAGACAUUAAACCAGGAGCUCCUCAUCACUACUUGGUGGUCCCGACCAAACACGUCGGCAACUGCAAAUCCCUCAGCAAGGAGCAUGUUCCUCUGGUGGAGCGGAUGGUGGAGAUAGGGAAGGAGAUGCUGCAGAAAUACAACAUUACAGACCUCAGUGAUGUCAGGUUUGGAUUCCAUUGGCCACCAUUCUGUUCUGUCAGCCACUUACAUCUCCAUGUUCUGGCACCUGCAAGUCAAAUGGGCUUCAUGUCCCGCCUCUUUUACAGACUCAAUUCGUACUGGUUCAUCACGGCAGACCAGUUGAUACAGUUUCUCAACUCUAAAGCAGAGACCAACUGAUCUGGUUUUGAUCCAGUGGGUUCUUGUCAUUUACUUGACAGAAAUGAAAAACCACGGCUCCUUCAACUACCAAAUGCUGUGCUCGAUGGUACACAGCACAUGGUAGAAGAGAUUGUCUGUGUGGCCUCAGCCGAUGUCAGCAUUUUAAACUAAUGACAAAAGUGGACUGGAAAAACACUUUGUUUUUUAUUGUAGUUCUAAAAGCUGUGGUGCCUCACAAAACAAGGAAAAUCUUGUUUCCUUUGACUUUAAAUAUACCAUAGAUGACACUUCUGUCUGUUCAUUUGAAACCUGGGGUGAGCCUAAUUAGCUCUCCAGGUUGGUUAAUACCCAGCAGUGAAAAGACAAAAAGGGGUGAGAUCAGUUAUCAGUUAUCACCAACGACCAAUUAUCAUUAUCUCGUCUUGAAGGGAAAAGAGAAGAUGAUGGAUGGUGUGAAGGCACUUUUGAUGAGUGAUACAAAUUGCAAUGAGUUGAAUGUGGAACAAUGAAGUUGAUGGCAAUGCCUGUUUGUAUUAAUAUCAUAUCACUGGAACAUGUCACUGGAAACAAUCACUAUGUUAUCCACAAGAUUGUAGAAUAUUGAGUAAAAUAGGGCUGCCUCAGUGCUUUGUAUUCCAGAUGCUUUGCAUGGAAGAAAUUCAGUAAUAUGUUUAAAUGUUCUGGUAGUCAUAUAUUUAAAAAAAACUGCCUAUGUAAUGAACUAUAGCUGUGGUGAGUUACAUUUUAACUUUUGACAUGUUGAACAUUUGAGGUCUACCUAGACUGGGUCUAUUUAUGUGGCUCCCUCUUUGUGAAAUCAUGAAAAGGAUGCUUGAUGAUCUCAAAUGCUUAUUUGAUUAUAUUUAACAUAAUGCCAAACAAUGCAAUAUGCACAGAUUUGUUGCCGCAUAAAGUGAAAUUGUUGCUUCAGCUACUGUAUGAAUUGAUGUACUGUGGAAUUACUAAAUCACUCUCAUUGUAUUUAAGUGUUUAAUUAUUAACUUGAAGUAAACACAUCAUUGCCUCUUGUGUGUGUGGCAUGCAAGAGGAAAUGACCAAUUAAAGGUAUCGGUUUACUAAUUAGUUGUAACUACAAUCAACUGUAGUUCACCUACUUUGUAAAGCAACAAACCCUAACAACAUGUUUUGUUUACCCAGAAGUGUAUCACAAUUUCCACAAAUAACCGUGUCAAUUUCUUAAUAUGAAAUCAGAGGGGUUCGCACACUGAGGUGGUUUGCAUAUGUGACAAUGUUUAAGCCAGGGGUGUAUGAUCCAAUAUUCAAAGAAUGGGCACACAAAGGCAUUAUGGCAAUGUGUACAGUUCUAGAAAAUGGUGAAUUUAUGAGCUUCCAAGAUUUAAAGGCAAAAUAAGAUCUCAAAAACAAAGACUUCUUUAGAUACAUGCAGUUAAGAGACUACAAAACAGAUAAGGUCAGAACCAGAUGAAACCUCAAAUAAUGUGAUUGGGGUAAUUGUGGAUGCAUACAAACAGAAGGGGCUUAGGGUCAUCUCUGCUUUGUACCAAGCUUUGGGGGAAGCGGGGGAUUCAACACUCUACAUAAAAGAAAAACGGGAAGCAUAGUUAAAGAUUCAGAUAACAGGGAGAAUGGUGUCAGCUGUGUGAGACACAAUGUACAUCCACAAACUCACAAAUAUGGAGGGAAUUCUGCUGGAAGAAUUUAACUCACUUUUUCAUAACACCCAAAAUAAAAAGCCGGCAACUUGCUGAACAACAACAGUGUUGGAGGCUGUGUGGGAGCAUGGAGGCUGACCAAUCGCAUAUUUUCUGGAAAUGCACAAAGAUAAGGUUACAUUGGGAGAAUGUUAAUGUAGGUGUCAAAUGCAUUUUCUGGAUGACCAUCUGUCCCAUUGGUAGCUGCAGAUAUUAUGGCAUUUACUACUUUGAAUCCAAAGCUUUAAGCUAUUUAAGGUAUUUCUCAUGAGUUUGAUUUUGUACAUCCUUACCUAGCCUAGUGUGCUCUACUACUACAAUUACUACUGCUACUACUACUACCGUAGUGCUGCUCCCGUUAGGGGUCACCACAGCGGAUCAUCCAUUCCCAUCUCUUCCUAUCCUCUGCAUCUUCCUCUGUCACACCAACCACCUGCAUGUCCUCCCUCACCACAUCCAUAAACCUCCUCUUUGGCCUUCCUCUUUUCAUCUUGCCUGGCAGCUCCAUCUUCAGCAUCCUUCUCCUAAUAUAACCAGCAUCUCUCCUCCACACAUGUCCAAAACCAUGUCAAUCUUGACUCUCUUGCUUUGUCUCUAAACUGGCUUACAGUAAAUGCUAACAAGGCUCCCUAAUUCACAGAGCACAUCCUGCAUAAGGAAAUGGGACUGCUGCCCCCAAGCCAGUUGUAUCAUGUUCCUCUUAUAGCACCAUAUUGUCUGUCACUGGCAGCCUCCUGUUCUGUUUGGCCACGGUCCAAUUCCAUUAACCACUCUGGCCUCAUUCAGCUGUCCACUUGUCCACUUAACCUAAAUGAAUGAGUUGCUUGAGGAGGUAUAGUUGAAGGAUACAUAAAGUCAGUUUUGAUAGGAAUCUAGGGCCAUACAGCAACAUAUCCCAGCAUCAUACUGUUUUACUUACUAAUUUACUUAGCAGUCAGCUGUUAAUUGGACUGUAGUUGUGUCUGGCAAUAUGCUGGGCGCAAGAUGUUUUUAGUUGCUCUCUAUCCAGUCUCCUUUAAAGGGCUUUUAUAUAAGUGUAUAUUUGAACAUAACAGGAACAAGUAAUUAUAACGUACAUUCUUUGAGUAGAAAAAGUGAACCAUUUAAGGAUUAAGGGAUUCUCACUGUCAGCUUCCUUACUAUGCUUAGGUCUGCAGUUCUAUAAGCACCUGAAUCUAAGGUGCUAAGUGAAAUAUGAAUUGACUAAAGUUUCAUCUCCUUGCUGGAUGGCGUACACGCAACAUCUUUUUUUCAGGGAACUUGGUCCCAAUUACAGAAACAAAUGGAGCUGUUGUGCGUGAUAUAGGCAGUACAUUCAAAUGUCUG